CCAGUAUGUGGAUGCGACGCUGAACGAGACAAGCCAUCAGAUCGUGUUCAGCACGCUGCCCAGUAUGGACGGCGUGAGAGACUACAAUCAUUCGGCAAACAUCAAUUCUAUGACCGGGACGUGCCAGAUGGAGUGCGGCAAAGACACCGGCAGCUUCGAGUUUACCGCCUACGUCAAAGACGCCAACACAGCAACACCUAAGUUCAGCCUUCCGACGUAUACCGUGCAUGUACCGGAGAUGUUUCCAAAGGGCCUGGCUCUGCCGAACUCAGCAAUAUUCGCCUCAGACGCCGACGCCGAACCUCAAACUACGCCCCGACUCUGGCCCUGGUGCCGGCUCUGGUUCUGGGUCUCUCUGGCGGCCGGCUCUGGCUCUACGCGCUACGCGCACGGACUUUUCUAA